AUGUCGGGCUGGGCAGACGAGCGCUGCAGCGAGGGCGAAGGGCGCAUCUACCUGGAGAACCUUCCGACCGACGUGCGAGAGAAGGACCUGGAGGACCUGUUUUACAAGUACGGCCGCAUCCGCGAGAUCGAGCUCAAGAACCGGCAAGGCCUCGUGCCCUUCGCCUUCGUCCGCUUCGAGGAUCCGCGGGAUGCUGAAGAUGCAAUUUAUGGAAGAAAUGGUUAUGAUUAUGGCCAGUGUCGACUUCGUGUGGAAUUCCCCAGGACUUUCGGAGGUCGGGGUGGGUGGCCCCGUGGUGCAAGGAAUGGGCCUCCUACAAGACGAUCUGAUUUCCGAGUUCUUGUUUUGGGACUUCCUCCAUCAGGCAGCUGGCAGGACCUGAAAGAUCACAUGCGUGAAGCUGGGGAUGUCUGUUAUGCAGAUGUACAAAAAGAUGGAAUGGGGAUGGUUGAGUAUCUGAGAAAAGAAGACAUGGAAUACGCUCUGCGUAAACUGGAUUAUACAAAAUUCCGCUUUCACGAGGGUGAAACUUCAUACAUCCGAGUUUAUCCUGAGAGGAGUACCAGCUAUGGCUACUCACGGUCCCGGUCUGGGUCCAGGGGCCGGGAUUCUCCGCACCAAAGCAGGGGCUCUCCAUACUACUUCUCUCCUUUCAGGCCUUACUGAGGAGGGGGGGAGUUUUCUACUUUUUAGAUGCUCUGAGCUGCUUUGUGCUCAGAAUCUACAUUCCAGAUUGAUAAUUUAGUGUCUUAUGAGAUUUUUCUAAUUUCUUUUUUCUUUUUCUUUUCUAAGGAACUACAUAAUUUCAACCAGGGCCACCAUACUAGCAGUGAAAUGUUUUAGACUGCAGAAAUAGAAGUUGUGGCUUUGGUUCAGAA